AUGUUCAACAAGCAGACUCUCGCCGCCUUCAUUGGCGCCAUGUCCUUGGCUUCGGCCAGGACUAUCCCCGCCUCCGAUGACAUGCCCUCGUUGGCUGAGGUUGAGGCUGCCGCCGCUAAGGCUGUGCCUUACUCCCCUGUCUCCAAUGUCAAGGGUCUGGCUUUCGACAAGUUCCACCAGAUCUGGUUCGAGAACCAGGACUACAAAACCGUCUCCGAAGAUGCCAACUUUGCUAAGAUCGCAAAGGAGGGUAUCCUCUUGACCAACUACUUUGCCACCACUCACCCUUCGCAGCCCAACUACGUUGCCUCGGCUGCUGGUGACAACUUUGGUAUGGACAAUGACGAUUUCCACCAGAUCCCCGCCAAUGUGUCCACCAUUGCCGAUCUGUUCGACGUCAAGGGCAUCUCUUGGGGUCAGUACCAGGAGGCUCUGCCUUACGCCGGUUACCAGGGAUACAACUUCUCUAACCAGAAGACCUAUGCCAACGACUACAUGCGCAAGCACGAUCCUCUGAUCAUCUUCGAGUCUGUCACCAACGAUGACACUCGUCCCCGUCAGAUCAAGAACUUCAGCUCUUUCUACGAUGACCUUGACAACCACCGCAUCCCCCAGUACUCCUUCAUCACCCCUAACAUGACCAACGACUGCCACGACACUGACAUCGAGGUCGGCGGAGAUUUCCUCGCCAGCUUCCUCCCCCCUCUCCUCAAGAACGAGUACUUCAGCAAGGACACUCUCAUCCUCGUCACCUUCGACGAGACUGGCAACUACACCGAGGAGAACCGCGUGUACAGCAUCCUCCUCGGCGGUGCCGUCCCCGAGCACCUUAAGGGAACCACCGAUGACACCUUCUACACCCACUACUCCAUCAUUGCCUCCCUCAGCGCCAACUUCGGUCUCCCCUCCCUCGGCCGCUGGGAUUGCGGUGCCAACAUCCUCCAGCUCGUCGCUGAUAAGACCGGUUUCGUUAACUGGGAGGUUGACCUCACUGCCGUUCCUAACCUCAUGAACGAGACCUACCCCGGCCCCAUGUCUGAGAACGAGUACUCUGACUACGAGCCUUUCUGGCCCAUUCCCGAGACCGAGCGUGCUUGCAACGCUGGUCACGGUAUUGUUGAUGUUGUCAAGGAGACUUACAACCGUCGCCAGCCUUCUUACAACUACAUCAGCCCUGUCCCCUAUGACCUGCGCAGCAAGUACAACGUUGGUAUUCCUUACUCGCGUACUGUCAACGGAAAGAAGGAGACUGGUAUUACCAACUAA